AUGCCGGUCACUCUCGACUUCCCUAUAAAUGUCAACGAUUUUGUCCACAAUGGUAUGGACCUGGGUACGCCGUUCAUGACGCCAGCGGAGCUUGUGGCUUCCAACAGCAGUCACCCCCGCGGCCUUGUGCCGGUUCUCCGCCUGCCAACGAAACCUGCACAACCGAACACCGAUGUCCGUUACACACUCAAAGCCCCACGUCCUCUCCCCUACUCCGAAUACAAACUGUUCCGUGCGCAGUUGCUCGAGAACGAGAACGUCGUUGGCGAUGUCGUCUGUAAGGCAGCCGAAGGGCCAGGCAUUCUGCUCAGAUCGCUGCGCACGGAGGCCAAUUUGUACCAGGGCAGGCUCGUCCCACUCCAAGGUGAUGUGGUGCCAAAGCUCAUUGGGUACUUCGAAGGCUACAUGCCUGAUGAAGAGACGAAGCUUGGAGUGCUCGUCCUGGAGUAUGUCGGCGAAACAUGGGCUGACGGUUCUUCGUGGACGUCGCGAGAACUCAGCCAGAGGAUUAUAGAUGCGUACGUCAAGAUUCACAAGGCCGGCGUCCAACAGGGAUCGCCGGAGUGUCUGUCUUAUACCAUACGCCCAGAAGACGAACGACUGUUCAUCGUCGGGUUCUCCGGUGGUGGCGAGCACGACUGCCGCAAGCCCGACAUGAUGAUUCUCGAGAUGGGCAUGAUGAUGCCCAACGUGCCCUGGCUCGACUGUAAGGAGCUAUGCGAGCUGUUGGCACAGCUUCAUGCCUGGAUUCCGUGGCACGUUCCAUACAUCGGAGUCAGCGCCCCCAUAGAAACCGUCCUCGAGGGAGAAGAGGCCCUCGUUGCCAUCGCCGUUACGAACCACGAGGACCACGCACGGGAGGGAGCGAAAAGCACAAUCAAAGACCUGAACAAGUUCAUUGAGAGAACGGGGUACGAUAUUCCCGCCGCGCUCGCGAAAGAUAAGGCCAUGCAGGAGAGAAUGGUGGCUGCUGGGGUGGUAGUCCAAAGAUUUAUGUCGAAGGAUGGUUCUGAUUCGGAAUCGUCGGGAGAAGAGUAA